CCUGUUGCCUGUUGGCAGUUUUGUUUUGUCACCAACUUUUGCAGUUCCAGGAAAAAAAGGUUAUUUUGUUACAGUAUUUUUUAUAAAAUCAUCACGUUUUGUUGUGGAAAAGUGUCUGAGUAUUAGGAACAUGGCUGAAGCAAUGAAGCAAACUGUAGCUUCUAUGCUCAAAGGUAUAGAAAGGUACAACCCAGAUAAUUUACCAACACUGGAACGAUACGUUGAGGUUCAGUCUCGAGAAAAUGCUUAUGAUCUUGAAGCAAACUUGGCUGUUUUGAAAUUAUAUCAGUUUAACCCUCUCAAUUUUAAUACUGAUAUAACUAGCCAGAUCUUGCUCAAGGCUCUGACUAAUUUGCCUCACACGGAUUUCAUUUUGUGUAAAUGCCUGCUAAAUGAAAAGCAGCUGUCUGAAGAUCCGAUUAAUCAGAUCGUUUAUCUAGCCGAUAUCCUAGAACAGUGCGAUUUCGAAGUUUUUUGGACAAGGAUUCAUUCCUUGCCUGAGCUCACUCAACGUAUUACCGGUUUCGUGGAUUGGAUCAGGAAAUUCGUCUGUCACGUUGUUGGAAUUACUUAUCAAACUAUCGAACGCACUCACUUAGCUCAACUUUUGGGCGAUGUAGACGAUAGCACCCUUAAAUUGUGGAUAAAAAAGUAUGGAUGGAAGGAAACCGGUUCUUUAGUAUUCAUCGCCAAUCAGGACGAAAACAUUAAAACGAAGAAUAUUAAUGAGAAAAUUGAUUUUGAAAAUGUGGGCGCUAUCAUGGCGUCUUGUCGCUAAUAAUAAACUUUGUGUUAAGAAACGGA